AUGGGUCUGAAAGGCAAGUUGAUUGCUUCAAUGGAGGUGACCUGUGAAGAACAAAUGAUUUAUGAUCUUUUGCUCACCAAUGGACAAGAAAAGAUUAUAAAGUAUGUAAUUGAAGCCAUCGAUCCUCACAAGAAAUCAAUCAAUCGGAAAUUGAUUAAAGGAAAUCUGUUAGAGUUGUAUAAUUCCUUUACUAUUGUAUCAUCCUGUGAACACCAGUGGAUUACAUGGGCACUUGAGUACAAAAAGAAAACCGAAGACACCCCAGAGCCCCUCAUUCCCUUGGGUUUUCUCCUUGACGUGACCAAGGAUCUAGAUGCUGACCUUCUCAAGAAAUAGAAGAUCUAUGUGUUCUAUGUGUGUGUGUACACACAUAUAAAUAUCUGUGUGUGUUUGUCUGACAAAUAAUUGGCAACAUUGGCUAGUUCUU